AAUAGGUAUAGAGCAUCACCAGCGACGCCAUAUCUCGUUUGUUUAGUCCCCCAGUUGGCGUCCCAUUCCUUUAUUUAGUCUUUUGCUCCUGUGAGUAUUCUAACUUAUUCCAUUCUCUCCAUGUUGAUUUCAAAAUUAACGGUUUGACCCCUUAAUCAACUGGAUCUCUUAAAAAGCUCAUUUAGGGUCCCGGAACAAGACGUGGUGAAGUACAGAACGGCAAAAGUCCCGUUCUGAGGUAAGCCCCGGCAAGACAAUGACAGCUGAUAUCAAUAGCUCCAAUAUAAGACCUAGGCCUGUUCCAGACGCUUUUGCUCCUGGCCUCAGGAUGUCCUUGCCGACCAACUACCGGCAAGUAGCCAUGAUGGGCCCGACUCCUACGCCAGGCCCUACACAUGUUUACAUGCCCGCGUCACCAUUGAUGAGCAACAUACUGAAAGCCACCACGACCUCAUCCUCCUCCACCUCUUCUGGAAAUGGAGGCUCAGGGAGUUCAAAAGGACGUCCUACAGACCGGCUGGCUCGCACUCCCAGCACCCCCUCGUCUACCUCGAAGGGGGUGGGGGAGGCUAAUGUUCCCAGUCCAUUCACACCGCCCGUUCACGGAAACCCAGCCUUCAACCCGCAGAAGAUGGGGACGGGGAAGGGAGGGGUGAGUAAGCAAAGCGGCGAAGGGCGAAUCCCGAAACCACCAAAGGCACCAGACAAGCCCCUCAUGCCGUAUAUGCGGUACUCUCGCAAGGUGUGGGAUCAAGUGAAAGCUGCAAACAAUGAUCUCAAAUUGUGGGAAAUUGGGAAAAUAAUUGGGUCUAUGUGGCGAGACCUACCUGAAGCGGACAAGCAGGAUUUUGUUGAUGAGUACGAGUCGGAGAAGGCGGAUUACACUAAGGCUCUUGAGGCGUAUCACAGUUCUCCCGCUUACCAGCAGUAUCUGGCAGCCAAGUCGAAAGGGUCUCUCCCACCAGCAGGAACGGCAGCCACAGAAGAAAAAGAAAUAUUGGACAGAUCCUCCAGUACUGUCACCACUGGUACCAAACUUGACCGGCGCAUCGACAUCCAGCCGGCUGAAGAUGAGGAUGAUUAUGAUGAUGGACUAAGUGUGAAACAUGUGGCCCAUUCCCGGUAUGUGCGUAAUCAUCGCCUCAUCAAUGAAAUAUUUUCUGACACUGUUGUACCGGAUGUAAGAUCUGUGGUCACCAGCCAGCGAUUGACAGUAUUGAGGCGACAGGUUCAAUCUUUGACUAUGCACCAGAAAAAGCUAGAAACAGAGCUGCAACAAAUAGAAGAAAAAUUUGAGGCUAAGAAACGGAAGUUUGUGGAAGCAGGUGACAGCUUCCAGGGAGAGCUAAAGAAAGUCAAGGCGAUGGCCCCGAAAUUGGAUGAAGCAUCCUUUGUUGCCAUGGUAGAACGACAAAAAGAAAUACUGAGACGAGAAGCUGAAGAGAGGCAGCGUACGGCACAAGGCUUGCCUCCUCGGCCCUCCUCAACUUCUUCCUCCCAAGCAACACCAGCUGGCAACUCGUCUGCACGAGAAGACAGCAAUGAAGCUGCUGGACCUGCUCCUCAGAACACUGCUACUCCUGUUGAUGCUGCACCAUCUCCUGCACCAAUGCAGGAGAACGACAUGGGUGGUGAUGACGAAAACAAGAUGGAAGCUUCCACUGGUGUGACGUCUGCUGCUGCUACAUCUGCACCAAAUGUUCCGGUUCCUAGCAAUGCCACUCCUGCUGCUCCUGCUGUUAAUGGCCCGAUCUCUGCUGCCCCAUCCAAUGCCCAACCCACAGUUAGUGGUGCCCCAGUCCAACAACCCUCAGUCCCAACUACCUCAGUUCAUGCUACGCCGACACAGAUAAACCCUACAGGCACUACCCAUACCAAUAUGAUCCCAUCAAUUCACCAAGGUCAUACCCAGGUGACACCUACCAAUGCUGCCCCUGUUAGUAUGGUUCCCUCUAAUCCACCCCAAAUGGGCUCAGUCCAUGCUGGCCCUCCCCAAGUGCCCCCAAGUAAUGCAGCUGCUGGGAAUUUGGCUCCUCCCCACCCACCCCAAAUGAGCUCAGUUCAUAGUGGACCUCCUCAAAUGGCACCAAAUAAUCAAACCCCUGGAAAUAUGGUCCCUCCGCUCCCAGGUCAUAUGGGCACAGUCCAUGGUGGUCCUCCCCAAAUGGCCUCUGCUGGUACCCAACUAGGUAACAUGGUACCCUCUCAUCCUGCACCUUCCCAAGCAGUCCCUUCUCCUCAACCAUCAACCCCUUCCUCUUAGUGUUUACAUGCAACAUGGAAGCCUAAUUCUACCGGCAAAAUGCUUGAGGGUUCUAGUGAAAUUCCACAUUUUGACCUGGAAUUUGCAACAAUUAAGAUUGUUCACUACAUAUGUAGUAAGAAAAUGAAUAGGACAGAAUGUUGUAGGUCCAUUAUGUAUACUUUCAAGCAGUGUACCAGUGAAUUAGGCUGAACUGCAUGCCAGUGUGCUGGAUUGAUUUUUUGAUUAGUCAUGUUUUUAAUCUUUUUCAUUUCACUUUCGGACAAGUGUAGCAAAUGGCGAGCUUGUAUUUUUAAGGGGAUAGACACUUUUCAAAUUGUAAGCAGGGUAGCUUUUAACUCCCUAAUUGGGUUUUAAAUAAAUUAUCAUACACCAAGUUAUGUCAUAUCUGGAAUAGAAGUUGUAUUUGUGACUGAAAGACUGCCAAAUUUCUCACCAUUGGCUGCAUUGAGAAAAAAGGUUUGGUUAAUCUUAUGGAUGCAGGUUGUCAAUAGACAUUCCCAAUGCUGUUAUAGAGGACAUCAGUUUUACAGUAUGUAUUUCAGUCUAUUUUUAUAUUUUAAAUUUUAUCUUUGUGGUUGUCAUGUGUAUUAUAAACAAACUGAAAUACAGUAUGUUGCUUUAUUUGGACAUGUCAGUUAGUUGACAGAUAACUGUGAGGCUGGUUAUUUAAUGUUAAAUUUAAAAGAGCAUUUGUCAGUGACCCAUUGAAGUAGGUGAAGCACCUAGAAUAUUUCCAUUUUUGUAGUUUUAAUAUGAAUAAGGUUUAGAAACUUAAGUUAUGAAAUGUAUUUCAUUAUAUAAAUGCAUUUUAAUAAACCUUUUUUCUAA